AUGCGCGACACACCCUCCAAAUUCAUUGAGAUCCUCGAUCCGAAGGACUUGGGUCUACGCAUGUCUGAUUCAGAUGUUCGUCUCGAAGACGUCCUCGCCGACCACGAAGCCACCAUCAGCAGUCGAGCCCGCUCCUCUACGCAAUCCUCCGCCAAACCCCUAGACAAGUCUAUGGGGCGCGCAUUCUCAACAUCUCCAACACAGCGCUGGAAGCGGUUGAGCAAUAUCCUUGGUCAACCACGCCGAAACUCCUAA